AUUCUCCAAAACCAAACGUCUCUCUCUAUGCCACCAAAUCCACUCAUUUUUACUCACUCUCUUCUUCUUUUUCCUCUAUAAAUCCGCCAUUUUUAUCGUCCGCCGGAGCUUUCUUCUCCUUUUUAAAGCUCAAUGAGAAUCUCCCCGAACCCCCAAAAGUUUACCCAGGAAUCUUUGCAAUGAAUACUUCUUAAGCAUUGCCCGCUUUUUUUAGUGUCUCAAAAUACCAAAUUUUGCAUGCCCAUCUUGCAAAAUUCCAAUCUCUCUGCUUUUUCCUCGUUGUGAAUAUUUCUCGAGUUGAAAUAUCAAAAAAAUAAAAUAGAAUCUGUCUUGGUGUGCUUUUAUUCCUCUGCUUUGGGGUUUUUUUGAACAAAAAAUCAAGAAUCUGUCUUGGUGUGCUUUUUAGUUUUUACUCCUCUACUUUGACAAUUUUCUGACCAAAAAAAAAAAAAAAAUCAAGAAUCUGUCUGGGUGUGCUUUUAUUCCUCUGCUUUGAGUUUUCCGGCGGGGUUGAUAAUGGUUUCUGUACAAGAUUCUCAGCCUCACGCAAAUUCCGGCGGCAAUAGCUUCAACCAAACGCGGCCUUGUUACUACUACACUCCGCCGCCGCCCUCGGCCAGAAUCCAGCGGUCUAUUGGCCGGUCCAUGCGCACCAUCCGGUCGAAUCUUUACAGAAGCGGAUGCUCCGGUUCUGAGAAAUCCGGCAACGUAUCGGAGAAUCUGACGGACUCCGUGGUUGAUAUCCGGCUUGGGGAGCUCGCUAGUAAGCCCGCAAUCAACAAAUCCUCGUGUUCGGAAGAGGAAUUUCUGGAGAUAUCGCAAACAUUCAGCGAUUUCUCGGCGUGUAGCAGUGAUAUUUCCGGCGAAUUGCAGCGGCUCGCUAGCCUGCCGACUGCGGCGGAUCCGGUUGAGACCCAGAACCCGGAACCGGAGCCGGAACCGUGUCAAGGGUUUCUUCAGAGAGAGACGUUUUCGACUGAAAUAAUCGAGAGCAUAUCGCCGGAGGAUCUUCACCCCACGGUGAAGCUCUGCAUAGACGGCUUACAAUCUUCCUCGGUGGCGGUGAAACGAUCCGCCGCCGCAAAGUUGAGGCUUUUAGCCAAGAACCGAGCUGAUAAUCGGGCUUUGAUCGGAGAAUCCGGCGCCGUACCCGCCCUUAUACCUCUCCUCCGCUGCUCCGAUCCCUGGACUCAAGAACACGCCGUCACGGGGCUUCUAAACCUCUCCCUUCACGAGCCUAACAAAGCCAUCAUAACCGACGCCGGCGCCGUGAAAUCACUGGUUUACGUGCUUAAAACCGGCACAGAAACGUCCAAACAGAACGCGGCUUGCGCUUUGUUAAGCCUGGCUUUGAUCGACGAAAACAAGUUGUCAAUUGGGGCUUCUGGUGCCAUUCCGCCAUUGGUGGCUCUGCUCAUCAAUGGCUCCAACCGGGGCAAAAAGGACUCGUUAACCACGCUUUAUAAGCUCUGUUCAGUGAAGCUAAACAAGGAGAGGGCUGUGAGCGCAGGUGCCGUGAAGCCACUGGUGGAGCUCGUGGGAUUGAAUGGAACCGGGCUCGCCGAGAAGGCUAUGGUGGUGUUGAACAGCCUGGCUGGGAUCGAAAUUGGCAGAGAUUCGAUCGUGGAGGAAGGCGGAAUCGCGGCCCUGGUGGAGGCUAUUGAGGAUAGCUCCGAUAAGGGGAAGGAAUUCGCGGUGCUCACGCUUCUGCAAUUGUGUAUUGAUAGUGUUAGGAACCGGGGAAUGCUCGUGAGAGAAGGCGGAAUUCCUCCUCUUGUUGCCUUGUCUCAGAAUGGAACUGCUAAAGCUAAGCACAAGGCUGAAACACUUCUCGGGUACUUGAGAGAACCGAGGCAAGAAGCUUCUACGUCAACUCCUUAGAGGCUUAGAGAGGUCAGCGAGGCUUAGAGAGGUCAGCUGAGACGGCCAUAUAUUAUAUUUUGAAGUACUCCGUAGUUUAUUAUGUAUAGGAUCUGGCUUGUAUAUGGUAAAAGUUUGGAUUUUAGAAAAAAGAAAAAAGAAGAAGAAAUAGUUAGGAUCUACUGAAAGGAAGCUGACCUUUAAGGUAUAUUAUUAUGAUAUGAUUGAAUAGGUUUUUUGAGGGUUUUCAAUUUUCAUUCCCCUCUGCAAUUAACCCUUGCCUGUAUCGGAGACUGGCUUAUUUUCCCUUUUUUUUUUUUUUUUUUUCUUCCUGAGAAUUCGGAUGUUAAUCCUCUGAUUUUGUAAGGGAGAUCCGAAUUCCAUUAGAGUCAUUACUAAUGGUCGUGUUUUUAGUGUGGGAUACACUAUUAUGUACUAAGUUUGUUAAUUAGUGUAUGGAGAAUACAAUAAUUUCUUCUGUAAUUCCGGUGUAUCAAUCUCCACUUAUUUCUUGCUUA